AUGUCUCCCCGAUGCCAUCCAUCCUCGGGCCUGCUCCUCCCCUUCCUCUACCCCUCCCUUCUCCGCCAUACGACGCGGCUCGCCCGAGCAGGCAUCACGACCCUCCAUUCCAGCUCCGACACCAAGACAGCGGCGAGUAUUGAAGGUAGCACCAGCACGGAAACCUCGGCCUCGAGCGAGUCCCUUCCCCAUUCUCGCCUCAACCCUCCACCUGAUGACUACUCCGUGUCGACCUUCGCGGAUAAAGCCCGCAUCUGGGCGCACGCCGGUUCAGGCGGCGCUGGCUGCAUCGCCUUCCUCCGCGAGAUCUUCAUCGACAACGGGCCGGCCAAUGGCGGUGAUGGCGGCCACGGUGGGAACGUAUACAUCCAGGCGGUGCACUCAGAGACGUCGCUGCAUAAGCUGUCGCGCCGGCGCAUCAUCCGUGCCGGCCGCGGCAAGACGGGCCAGGGCAGCAGUCGAGCCGGCCAGCGGGGAGACGAUGUCGUUAUUCAGGUACCUGUCGGGACUGUGGUCAGGGAGAUACAGCGGACGGAUCCCAUGGCUGAGGAACACAUGCGCUGGAAGCAGGCACGGGAGAAGGACAGGGAGUUUCAGAGGCUGUUCAGGGAGGCGGAGUUGAAGGCGGAGCAGUCGGGCGAGGACGUGGAGGCGGCGACGGCAGGCAUGGAGGCGCCUGAUCAUCCGAAUUUGGACAAGUUCAUUCUAUACCCGGGCAUCUCCAACUCGGAGCGUAGGUCCCUCACCCUCCCACCGUUACCGAGGAGGGAGAGGCUAUACCACCAGCCUGCUGGGCCAAUACAUCUCGACCUUUCGAUGCCCACCCCUCGACCGAUCCUUUUAGCAGCCGGCGGCGUGGGCGGGCUUGGUAACCCGCAUUUCGUGUCCAAGGAACGCCCACGGCCACUCUUCGCCACCAAAGGCGAACGUGCGGUUAGCAUGCAGCUCGAACUUGAGCUCAAGCUCCUUGCAGACGUGGGACUAGUUGGUCUUCCAAAUGCCGGCAAAUCCACGCUCCUUCGAGCUUUGACACGGAGUCGAGCGCGCGUGGGCAAUUGGGCUUUCACUACUUUGCAACCCAACAUUGGAACCGUCGUCCUCGACAACCACAAGGGCCGGCGACUAUACACGCCUCCCAAGACGGCUAGACCCCAGCCUCACGCUAUCAUCAACGACGCCAAGUACGGAAACGUAGUCAUCGCCCAACCAGAGCAAAUCGGAGCUGGGCCGGAACCGAGGACGCGGUUCACCGUAGCCGAUAUCCCUGGUUUGAUCGAAGGCGCGCAUCUGGAUCGGGGUUUAGGCAUGGAGUUUCUGCGUCAUGUAGAGCGCGCCGGUGUGUUGGCGUUUGUGGUCGAUCUAGCUAAGGGAGACUCUGUAGAGGCCUUGAAAAGCCUCUGGACCGAAGUCGGCAUGUAUGCCCUCAUGCGCGAAGAGGAAAACAAGGAGAGGGAGGUUGGUGGCCGGAUUGAUUGGCAGGGUGACGGCGGCAUGGACUUUGGCAACGCGGCUACUGGUCACAUGAUGAUUGCCGAGUUCUCUGAGGCGCCUGACGACGAGAGCGGGUUGCAUAUCGCGGCCAAGCCGUGGUAUGUCGUCGCCACCAAGGGCGAUCUGCCAGACACGCAAGACAAUUUCGCCAAGCUGAAGGGGUACCUCGAGAGAGUAACAAAUGGUGAGGAGCCGCACCCGAGUGGUGUCGAGGGCGCGUGGACCGAGGACUGCGCUGCUAUACCGGUGAGUGCUAUCAAUGGGCACGGUGUUGACAGGAUUGUACAUUGGACUGUAGGAUUAUUAGAUGAAUGA